UGGACAAUUGCUUUCCUUGGACCGUCCAAGAAAUCGUUGUCUGAUGCAGUCGCAAAUCAACUCGCAAGGUUGCCUUCGAUGCAGCUUGACUGGGAGGACGCCGAAGCACCAUGGGCACAUUACAACAAGACAAAACUCGCCGUCAUCAUUGAUUCACGGCCACUGACAACUCUUGCGCCUCUUAUCCUGCAGAUGAUAGUUACUGUUCCACACGACUGGCCCUUCUUGUUCCUUGGAUCAACACAAAGUAUUGCCGUGGUCAACAGCAGCCGAGCUAUUCAAGAGAGAGAAGUCUCGGGUAGACUUCGAUUCCAGACGAUCGAGUCAGACUAUCAUUCUGUAGAGGGUAGCCACCGUCUGCUUGCAAGUCCUCAGUUUUACGACGAGAUGCUUCCUAAGAGCGUGGAACAUCUUUUCGUCUUCAGUCGCGAUUCGAUCAUUUGUGCAAACGCACUGCGAAGUCUUGACGACUGGUUGGGCUAUGAUUGGAUCAGUGGACCNAAGACCAGGUCCGAGUCAGAAUCACAGGCUUUCAAAGGCAGUGGAGGAUUUUCGCUUCGUCGCGUUUCUACCGUUCGCCGUAUCCUCUCUUUCCAACAACGAGACAACAAUACAGAUGCAGAAGACGAAUUCUUGAGCUAUCGUAUGAAGACAAUUCCGGAUGCAAUUGUUCCAAACGCGACAGAGGCAUCGCAGUUUGUCACCGAUCAUGUCUACCAUAACCAGUCGUUUGGCAUCCAUGUUGGAGACAUGUCAAAGAGCAUGCUGGAAGUCUGGGACAAUCAUGAUAGACGCAUGGAGAUCUACCAGCAUUGUCCAGAGGUGAAGAUGGCCAUGUCACCCCUGAAGUUGACCAGAGAGAAGUGCGACGAGCCCGAAGCAGAGAACUCAUAG